UUUUGAUCACUUGGAGUCACCCAUGUAUAUACACAAAUAAUCCCAAUGCAAAUGGUCAAACCAUGCACGUGGGAGGAAAAGGUGGGAUUGUGCAGGAGAAGCAGGAAUAGUAGGAGGAAGAGGAAUGUGAGGAAGAGUAGGGACACAGGAGGAGGAGGAGGAGAAACAGGGAGGAGCACAAGGUUCCAACCCUCUUUGUAUCUGCAGCCUCUGCCCAGGCCCCAGGAGCGUUGUCCCCUCACAUGCAGCAGAUGACUGGAGAGGGGAUCUAUGAUUUUCACAGGGGUUAAUCUUGGUGUUUCUGAGCUUUAUUGAGAUAAAUGUUGGUGGGUUUGUUUUUUUCAGGGGCUGAAUCUUUCUAUUUUAGAGGGGGAUUUGGCCAAUCUUGCUGUUUGGUGUUUGGUGGGUUUUUCAUCUGUGAUGUGAUGUUUGGAGGAUUUUUGGCUUGAAUCAUGGUGUUUUGGAGGUUCUUAGAGACAGAAGAUACCCAGUGUCUUCCUGAGUUGCACUUGGGCAAGGAGGAACCCCCAGCCCAAGGCCAUCUCCUCUUGUGUUUUUUUCCCAAACCAGGAUUUUUCAUUCCCAAGGCAUUGACAAAUGGAGGAGGAGGAAAAGCCCCAGAGAUCCCUCAGGAGGAGAGGCCGCAAACCCAGCCCAGGGAGCUGCGAGGAGGAGAGACCCUCCCUGAGCCGGGAAGGCAGCCAGACAUCCAGGCAGAGCUCAGAGCUGGUGGAGAAACCUCAUGGAGGGGAGAGGCCCCACAAGUGCUUGGAAUGUGGGAAGGGUUUCAGCUAUAGUUGUGAGCUGAUCCAACACCAGAGGAUCCAUUCUGGGUACAGGCCCUACGAGUGUGGGGAAUGUGGGAAGGCUUUUUGCCAGAGCUACAGCCUGAUCCGGCACCAGAUGAUCCACACUGGGGAGAAGCCCUAUGAGUGUGGGAAAUGUGGAAAGGGCUUCAGAGACAUCUCCGGCCUGCUCCGGCACCAUGUUAUCCACACUGGGGAAAAGCCCUACGAGUGUGGAGAAUGUGGGAAGAGCUUCAGCUGCCGCUCCAAUCUGAUGGAUCACCAGGUGAUCCACGCAAGGGGACGGCCCUACUGCUUGGAAUGUGGGAGGAGCUUUGGGUGCACGUCCGACCUCAGAAAACACCAGCGCAUCCACACUGGGGAGAGGCCGUACAAGUGUCCCAAGUGUGGGAAGAGGUUUCAGACCAGCUCUGAUGUCCUCAAACAUCAGCGGAUUCAUACAGAGGAAAGGCCCUUCCACUGCCCCGACUGCGGGAAGGGAUUCAAGCAAAACCAGCACCUCACUGCCCACCGGCGCAUCCACACCGGGGAGAGGCCCUACGAGUGUCCUGAGUGUGGGAAGAACUUCUCCAGGAGCUCUCACCUGACCCGACACAAACGUCCUCACGGAGGGGAGAAGUCCCUCAAGUGCUUGGAAUGUGGGAAGGGUUUAAGCUGCAGCUCCCAUGUGAUCAAACACCAGAGGAUCCACACUGGAGAAAAGCCCUACGAGUGUGGGAAAUGUGAGAAGAGCUUCAGAAAAAUAUCCCGCCUGAUGCAGCACCAGGUGAUCCACACAGGGGAACGGCCCUUCGCCUGCUUGGAAUGUGGGAAGAGCUUUGGGUGGAUGUGCUGCCUGAGAAGCCACGAGGUCAUCCACACAAGGGAGAGGCCCUACAGGUGUCCUGAGUGUGGAAAGAGGUUUAAGACCAGCUCCGAUCUCCUCCAACAUGAGUGGAUUCACACAGAGGAGAGGCCCUUCCGCUGCCCCGACUACGGGAAGGGAUUAAAACGCAGCUCCGACCUCACCAAACACUGGCGCAUCCACACUGGGGAGAGGCCCUACGAAUGUCCUGAGUGUGGGAAGAGCUUCUCCUGGAGCUCUCACUUGACUCGACACCAACGGAGGCAUACAGGUGAAAAGCCCAACAAGUGCUUGGAAUGUGAGAAGAGCUUCUGCUACAGCUCCCAACUGAGGGAACAGCAGAACAUGCACACUGGGGAAUGGCCCUAUGGGUGUAGGAAAUAUGGGAAGAGUUUCAGUUGGAGCUCCAAGCUCACCAAGCAUCACAAGAUUCACACCAGAGAAAGGCCUGGAAUAUGGAAAGACCUUCAGGUGGAAUUCUGACCGCAUCACCCAUCAACACAUCCACACCAGGGAGAGGCCUACGAGUGUCCUGAGUGUGGGAAGAGCUUCGUGCUCUGCUGCAGCUCCAUCCCCCAUGGGAGGAUCGGUGUUGGAUGAUCCCCAGUGACCCCCCGUUGGGCAGAGCCCUGGUGUUCCCUGUUCCAGGUGAUCCCCUGGGUGGGAGGAAGUUGUUGGAGAGAUUUCUUUCCCUUCUCCUUGUGUUGCUGUGAUUUGGUUGGUAAUAAAUUCCC